UGCUUGCAACUAAACCGAAGAAGAGAGCGCGAGCUGUAGCGGCGUUCGUGUCUGAGUGAGGCGCUAAGGCGGCUCCUGUCGUCUUUAACAGCCUCCCCACGGGCAGAAAUCCAGCAAGCGACACCUUCCUCAGUACGGCUGCCUCGCGCUGGGAAAAGCUUCACCUGUUGGAUUUCUGUCGCGCGGCCGUUCAAAGGCGCCGGAGAGGCGCGGUUCAUUCCAGCUGCUGCCGGAGUCCCUUCCCGCAUGGCGCGCGACGGGAUGGGUGCGCCCUUUCGUUGCUUUGUGUCGGAGGCGUCCCUCUUCUCCCCUCGUCAAUCCGUGCUCCUUUCCCCCAACUGCACCCCGAACCUCCUCCGGGAAGCGGCCGACUUCCACCCCCAGGAGGGAGAAAGGCUGCGCGUUUUUUUGGAAGCCGUCUUUUCCCCUUUGCCCAAGCCGCAUUACCUCAUGCUAAAGAACUCCCUGCCUGAAGGGCUGGGCUAAAUAUCGGGACUGGAACCGGGACCGGGAGUGGGAGAGAAGUGAAGACGGGGCCAGGAGGGAAAGGGAGAAAAGGAAACAGGCCCGCUUGAACCCUGGAUCCCCGCCGAGCGCCCGGAGCGCAGCAUGCCCGCCCCGCUGCUCGCCCUCCUGCUUCUGCGAACCCUGCUGACUCGCCUGCUGCUGGUGGCUCGCCAGCGCCUCCUGCCGCUGCUCCGGCGCCUGGGGGCCCGCCUGACUUCCCGGCAGUCCCGCGAGGCGCUCCUCACCUGCCUCCUCUGCGUCCUCAACCUGCGCAAGAAGGUGGACGACGCCUGAGGCGAGCUCUGCAGGGAGACGCCAAGGAGAAGGGGCGGCCGCAGCAGCAGCAGCAGAAGCCCCCAACUUUGCAGCAUUUGAAGGGACAUUUUUAGCUUCUGGGUGAGUGCGUGUGGAGAAGGAGCUGCUGUCCGCCUGCCAAAGGAGAGGGAGAGCAAUCAGGGAGCAAUCAGCAACUCCAGCCCUCCCAAGGAAGAAGAUUUAAUUUCUGA